AUGCCGUCCACGCCGACUGUCGGCUCGAAUAGCGGACAAAGCCAUCCCACACAACGUGAAAAUGCUUCUGUGAACCCUAAUACGAAUCAAGUACCUUCUCGAAGUCUUUGGAUCGGAAACUUGAACAGCAGUACAACGGGUCAAGAAUUGAUGCAUGCAUUUGCUCCUUACGGUGCGAUUGAAUCUUUGCGUCUUCUUCCUGAAAAGGAAUGUGGUUUUGUCAAUUUUGUCGAAUUGGCAGAUGCAGUUCAAGCUAGAGAAGAUGUAUUGGGCGCUUUGAAUGCCAAAUUGGGAAAGCUAGGUAUUGGACCAGGCGGAACUGUCAGGAUUGGAUUCGGCAAGAUUGACGCAUUGCCGAGCCAUACAGGAGUGAUUGGAAGCGAUAUGAGCUCGCCUACGAGAGCGCUCUGGGUCGGAAGUAUUGCCAAUGCAGUCACGCCAGCAACCUUGUUGAGCGUUUUCACACCUUUUGGACCGGUAGAAAGUGCUAGGAUCUUAACGCAUAAGAAUUGCGGUUUCGUCAACUUUGAACGGGUAGAUGAUGCUGUUCGCGCUCGUAAAAUGCUGAACGGUCGAGAAGUCUUGGGAAGUGAGAUGGGCACAAUGCGUAUCGGAUUUGCAAAGGUCCCUUCCCGCAAUAUCGAACAAUUCCCCGCUUAUGAUGGCUCGCCAGAGUACGAUGAUGCUGUUCAAAGCCUUUCGCAAUUGAAAGGCGCAAAGUAUGCGGCAAUCACGCCAGAGGAGCAAAUCACCAUUUCCGACUUGCAAUUGUUGAUGAGAGAAUUAAGUCGAGGAGAGCCGGAAGGUGAAGUCGAAGCCGAUGUUGCAAGCGUUUCCGAAUUACGUCCGAUGAUGACAUAUUAUAUGACUAUCCCAUUGGUAUCUGAAGUAUCUUCUGGAAGGAGAUUCGAAACAGCAAAAUUACGCGAGAUCAGAAGAGGAAUUGAAAGUGGACAAUUCAGCAUGCCACAAUGCGACCGAUUGGCUGUGGAAUAUAUUGACUCAAUCGUUGAUCUGGCAAGUGAUUAUAUCGGAAAUACGUUGGUACAAAAGUUCUUUGAAACUUGUAGCGACCGAAUGAAGAUGCAAUUGUUGCAUAGGCUCGCUCCUCAUCUUGCCAUGGUCGGUUGUCACAAAAAUGGAACAUGGGCAGCGCAAAAGAUUUUGGAUUGCACAAAUUCCGUUGAACAAGUUCAAUUGAUCGGUCAAAACUUGCGUCCGUACAUUCCCGGUUUACUGUUGGACUCUUUCGGUAAUUACGUUGUUCAAUGUUGUUUGCCAUGGUCAAGCUUGAAUGACUUUGUCUUUGAUGCAAUGGUGGAUCGUUGUUGGGAAAUUGCACAAGGCAGGUUCGGCGCAAGAAGCAUGCGUGCUUGUUUGGAGAAUCACAAUGUGUCAAAACGGCAACGAAAACGAGUGGCAAUUGCAGUCAUUUUGAACUCUGUUCCAUUGGCAACAAGUCCUAACGGAUCUAUCUUAUUGACAUGGUUAUUGGAAACACCAGAGUUGUCAAAGAGCUUCAGGCUUUUAGCACCACGCUUUACGCCUCAUCUCACACAUUUGUGCACACAUAAAUUGGCAAGUGGCACCGUACUCAGAUUGGCAACGCAAAAGGCCGAACCUGAAGCCAGUCAUAUGAUCUUGAAAGCUCUCUUUGAAAGUGAUGAUCAUACAAGCAUGCUGGAGGAGAUCAUCGUCGAUCAAGUACACGGAAGUCAAUUUAUCACAAAGGUGUUGGCCAGUCCAACUUUGUCGCCAAGACAACGUGAAAGCUACAGUGAACAAGUG